CCCACUCGGCCACUAUCAAUCGAUCAGAGAGCGGAAGAUGGCGGAGCGUCGAGUCUGAGCAACGACAUCGAUCGCCGGAUAACUCGAUCGGACGCAAUCGCUCGAGUGUGUAAAAUUGAUCAAGUACGUCCAGGUUUUUUUAGGUAAAAGCAAUGGCUAUAAAAUGAACAUUUAAACGGUGUGACGAUGAGCCGAAUACGGGUGUUAACAACGCGUCAUUCCUGAAGCAAAACACAACAGAAGCUGAGGACACUUUCAGACCGUCUCCUGUCACCUCCAUCUUGUUUCACUGCUCCAGCCGCGGCCAGGCACGCUAAAUUAAUCCCGGAGCCCAAGAACAGAGGACUUCUAAUCAAUCCGCAACAUCGUCAACCUGCUAGUGGAGGGAUAAAGUAGGCCUGUGUGGCUGAAGUCUCCCCAGGCUGUUCUGCUACAGAUUAUCCAAGGCAAGAGCCUGACAUAUCCCAGGUGGCAGUCAUGGACUUUCCAUGGCACAGCGGGAAGGUUUUAGAGCAGCUGAACCAUCAGCGUCAGCAGGAUCUCUUGUGCGACUGCACGUUUGUCGUGGAUGGAGUGGAUUUCAAAGCACACAAGGCCGUACUGGCAGCAUGUAGCACUUACUUCCAAGCUCUCUUUCUUGACCAGAAGGAUGUUGUUCAUUUGGAUAUCAGUAAUGCCUCAGGCCUUGGACAAAUCCUUGAAUUUAUGUACACGGCUAAGCUUACGCUGAACCCUCAGAAUGUCGAGGACGUGCUGGCUGUAGCCACUUUUCUUCAAAUGCAAGAAAUUGUCAAUGCGUGCUCUGCUUAUAAGUCACUCACAGGACCACCAGUGAUAAACAAUGCCGUAUCAAGUCCAUCUGAGCAACAUCAGAAGCUGGAUAAAGAAGACAGUGACGCUUCAAUAGAGCAUCAGGACAGUCAUGUCUCGUCUCAGAGCGGUGGUCCUGAGGCAGACGAAGCUCCUUCAACAUCAGUGACAUCAGAAGAGCAGCAGGCGAGGUGUAGCACUACUGAAAGACAAAGCACAGGAAGUCAAAGUGCAGGAGUUAGGGUAGGAAGACCGAACAAGCUCAGCCAGAACUCUAAGCUCAAGGAGCAGGAGGAGAGCACAACAAAGGAUCUCAUGGCGUAUCAGGAUGACCUGUCUGAUGCUGAUUACACACCAAAAAUAUCACAAAGAGCUGUGACUAGGAGGUCCUGCGUAAGUACACGGAGAAGCAAAUCAAAGUCCAUCGCUCACUGUGUGUCCACACCAGUGACAGAUGAUAGUAGCGAAGAAACUUUGCCAAAAGCCACGAUUGAAGAAAAUAAAAGAGAAGAACUGAAACAGGAAGAGGAGGCCGACGAAGAGGAGGAGCAUACAGAGCAGGAGGAUGAAGGAGAGAUGGAUGUAGAUGAUGCAGAAGGAGAAACAGAUGAAGGAGAAGAAAAGUGUCUAAGAUCUGGGGUCAUUGCUGAUCGCAGUGAGUCCAGAUCGUACGGGUCCGUCACACACAAAUGUGAGGACUGUGGGAAGAAGUUCACCCACACUGGGAAUUUUAAACGACACAUGCGCAUCCACACAGGAGAAAAGCCCUUCAGCUGCAGGGACUGUAACAAGGCGUUCUCAGACCCAGCCGCAUGCAAAGCUCAUGAAAAAACCCACAGCCCUGUAAAGCCAUACUGUUGUUCCACAUGUGGGAAGAGCUACCGGCAGAUCAGCCUGCUCAACCUACACAGGAAGCGGCACACCGGAGAGGCACGCUACAGCUGCGAUGACUGCGGCAAACUCUUCACCACCUCGGGUAACCUGAAGCGCCACCAGCUGGUGCAUAGUGGCAAGAAGCCGUACCACUGUGACUACUGCGAGCGGGCUUUCUCCGACCCCACGGCCAAAAUGCGCCACCUGGAGAUCCAUGACACGAACAAGGGCCACAAAUGCCCACAAUGUGACAAGAAAUUCAAUCAGUUAGGAAACCUGAAAGCACACCUGAAGAUCCACAUCGCAGACGGCCCUCUGAAGUGUAAAGAGUGUGGGAAGCAGUUCACUACAUCAGGGAACCUGAAGAGGCACUUGCGAGUUCACAGUGGAGAGAAGCCCUUUGUGUGUAUGCACUGUCAAAGAGCAUUUGCUGAUCCGGGUGCACUGCAGAGACAUGUGCGCAUUCACACAGGAGAAAAGCCUUGUCUUUGUCUGAUCUGCGGAAAAGGCUUCACACAGGCCAGUUCACUGAUUGCUCAUGUCCGACAGCACACUGGAGAGAAGCCGUAUGUGUGUGACCGCUGUGGCAAAAGGUUUGUGCAGUCCAGCCAACUGGCCAAUCACAUCCGCCAUCACGACAACAUACGACCCCACAAAUGCCAAACCUGCAACAAAGCGUUUGUCAAUGUCGGAGACCUCUCUAAACAUAUCAUCAUUCAUACAGGUGAAAAACCUUACCUUUGUGACAAGUGUGGCCGUGGGUUUAACCGUGUGGACAACCUCCGUUCCCACGUUAAAACCGUUCACCAGGGCAAAGCAGGAAUGAAGAGACUGAUACUGACUGAUGAAGACAACGAGGAAGACAAGCUGCUUCCCGCAACCGCCUCCGUGUCCGAGCUUGACGAGAACGAAGUCAAUAUCGUUACAGUCACCACCGAUGACAUUGUGACUUUAGCUACAGAAGCAUUGGCAGCUAACACUGUCGCACAGCUGACUGUGGUGCCUGUAGCAACAACUGUGUCUGCGGAUGAAACGGAGGCUCUGAAAGCUGAGAUCACAAAGGCUGUGGAGAAAGUGCAGGAGGCCGAUCCCAACACGCAGAUCUUAUACGCAUGUGACUCCUGUGGUGAGAAGUUCCUGGAUGCCAGUUCUCUUGCCCAGCACGUGCGCAUCCACACGGCCCAAGCUCUCGUCAUGUUCCAGGCCGACUCAGACUUCUACCAGCAGUACGAGGCGGCGGACGCCACAUGGCAGACCACCGAGCAGGUCAUUCAGGGAGAAGAGCUCCUCUUCAGGAGGGAGGGAGUGGAAGAGGCUAAUGAUGGCACCCAGGAUGAAGAGGUGCAUAAUGUACCUCAGACUGAGGAAGAGGAGGCGGAGUCACAGGCUGUAACUGAAGGAGAGGAUGUACAGAUUUGUGAAAGUGAGACACAGUGAUGCUUUACUGAGUGAAAAUCCCAGAAACAUCAAUAUAGUUCAGGACAUAUUCGGUAUUACUUGAAAUAUUACUAUGUAAAUCACAUGCUACAGUGUGGGCUUGUCUUUAAAAAUUGGUUGCAUAGCACAAGCACAUGAUUUCAUGCUUAGACUGUAAAUAAUUCUUUUAAAAGAAGUCAUUUGUUUUCCAACCUGACUGCACAUUUUUUCUGAUACUUAUCACACAACACCGAAGCGUCUAUAAUCUGCACCUUUCACUUUAUAUGGUUCCUUUACCAGCAUCUACAUUCUCAGCCAUGUACGGAGUUUUAAAUGUUAUAUACACUGUGCAUAACAUCGUAGCCUCUGUUCCGUCACAAUCUUAUCAGUUUCAUACGUUCCAGUUUUGUUUUUUGGUUGUUGUUUUUUUGGUUUUUUAUUAAAUGCUCAGAAGUACUAUAUAAAAUAAUUAGAAGCCAUGUAAAAAUCGGUAUGAUGCUAGCAGCUACUGGCUUGAAAGAGCAGCGCUAACGAAAUAAACAGAUCUUGUACAUCUUUUUAAUGACAA